AAACCAUGACCCAGCCAAUCAAUUAAAGGUUUCAUAAGACAACCCUGUGGUGGGUCGCCACCAGACUACAAGAGUUGGUGAACAAACGUUCUAGCCCAAUGCCACCGAACUAUAGCUACAAGGUAGCGUGGCACUCGCGUCAUUCCUUGCAACUUUAGUGCCGCCACGUGGAUCCCCGUCAGGGCGAAAGGCGCGUGCGCGACGACAAACUCGUCCUCAGUCUUCUCUUCUCCAUCUCCGUUCCCGCGCCAUGUUCCCUCCUUCCCUAUAUCGUUCAUGAUUACCACCGUUAUUCUCCCUCCCCGUUUCCUUUUCCGUUUCCGUUUCCAUUCCAGCUUACGCCCUCCGGCGACCCCCCCGAAACCGUUCGAAACGCACCGUUAUUAGAAGAACCGAAACGUUACCAAGUCGCCAUGGACGGCAACGAAGAGAAUUAUUUCCGAUUCCAAGCGCGAGAGCCGGAGAGGAGAGGAAUUUAGGGUUGAGGUUGGGGUUUUGGUCGUCAAUCGAUGAUUGAGAGGAGGAGAGAUGGGGAGAGGGAUUGAGGGCAGCGGCGGUGUGAUAUGGGAUGCGGGAGCUCCAGGGCGGCGGAGUCCAGGGUGGUGUCGCUGUGCCGGGAGCGGAGGGAGCUGAUCCGGGCGGCGGCGGACCGCCGGUACGCCCUCGCCUCCGCCCACGCCGCCUACUUCCGGGCGCUCGCCGCCGUCGGGGACUCGCUCGAGCGGUUCGUCCGCGAGGAGCUCGCGGUGGCGCCGGUGCUCACCCUGCCAUCCGACGGCAAGGGCAAAAGCAAAUCUGUGAGCUCCGCUUCCGACGACGGUGGCGGUAGCCGCGGCAGUGGCGGCGGGUCAUCCUCCGUGACGCCGCUCUCCCACUCGCUCUCCGAUGACGGCUCCCACUUGCAUGUCUCCUCCGGCUCGGAGAGAAAAGGAGGAGGCGGAGAUGGCGGCGGCGGUGGCGGUGGUGUAGGAGUAGAGUCGUCGUCUUCCCCUCCCCGGUCGGCCUCGGCCGCUUCCAGCCCUAAUUAUUCAUUCAUGAGGUCAUCGACGGCGUUCCCUACCAUGGUGUAUGAGGACCCCAUUACCCAACAAUGGCAGCAUCCUUCUAACAGUGGAUAUGGAUACGGAUAUGAGUAUGGGUAUGGAUAUGGGUAUCCACCAUAUGGUGUACCAAUUGGAUCUCCGCUGCCAGGUAGAGAGAAUUCUUAUUAUUAUGACCAGCCAAUGAGUCCUCCGGUGUCCGCGGCAGCAGCUCCUUCGACUCCUCCGCCGCCGCCACCUCCUGAAGGCUCUGCUUGGGAAUUCUUUGAUCCUUUCAAUACUUAUGAGAAACUUUUACCGGAGUAUGGUGGUGGAAGGUAUGGGGUGACCUCUUAUGCAAGCAGUCCUGAUUCGAGCGAGGUGAGGGAGAAGGAGGGGAUUCCUGAUCUCGAGGAUGAGACAGAGGUCGAAGCCAUGAAGAAGGUGGGGAAAGAGAAGAAGGUUGUGACAGAAGAUUCAGGAGGGAAGGAGUCUAGUAUUGGCAGCUAUAAGACCGAAUCAACACAAGAAAUGGGAGAGAAGGAUGAGAAGAAUGGUAAAAUUGGUUCAGAGGAGAAAGAGAGUAAGAGUAGUUCGGUGUCAAGCAGAAUAAGGAGCAAUGGGGAGGAUGAUGGAUCCAGCGGGAAGAAAAAAGGAGUGAAAUUUGAGGAAGAAGCAUCAUUUGUUAUGGAGGAGAGCAGGCCAAGCAGUGCGAAAGCGUUGUCCACUCCAAGCAGUGGGAAAUCAUCAUCCACUCCUAGCAAUGGGAAAUUGAUGUCCGAUCCAAGCAGUGGAAAUGCUCAUGGUCCAAGAGAUGUGGCAGAAGUUGUGAAGGAAAUUAAGGGGCAUUUCAACUCAGCUGCUAAUUAUGGGGAAGAGGUUUCAGGGAUGCUUGAGGUUGGCAAGUUGCCAUACCGAUCAAGAAGUAGAAUGUUUAGAGUUAUACCUUCCAGGAUAUGGCGUCCUAUGGCUUUGACUAUGUUGACAUCUUCACGUCCUUCUUUCAAGCAUUCACGACGUUCAGCUGCAAAUACGAUCAGAAGCAGAGCCAGCAAUGGAAUUUCUGAAAAGCACAUGGGUACGAAGUCUGGCGACCUUUCAUCAACUCUGGAAAAGUUGUAUGUAUGGGAGAAGAAAUUGUGUAAGGAAGUUAAGGAUGAAGAAAAGCUGCAGAGCAUUUAUGACAAGAAGUACAAACGCCUGAAAGCUUUGGAUCGUGGAGGAGCAGAGUUCAAUAAAAUCGACUCUGCUCGAGCAUCAAUAAGGAAGUUGCGUACCAAAAUAAGCAUUAUAAUUAAAUCAGUGGAUGCCAUUUCAAACAGAAUGCACAAGAUAAGAGAUGAAGAGUUGCAGCCGCAACUUACUGAAUUGAUUCAAGGAUUGGUUAAAAUGUGGAAAUCUUUGCUGGAUUGUCAUCGGAAGCAGUUACAAGCCAUAGUUGAUAGCAAAAGCCAGAGUCUCACAGCAAAGACUGGAAGGCAAAGCCAAACAAUUGCAAAGGCUACCAAGGAACUGGAGGUGGAUCUCUUGCACUGGUUGCAUUGUUUUAAGGAAUGGAUCAGCACUCAGAAAGCUUAUAAUGAAGCAUUGAAUGGAUGGUUAAUGAAAUGGCUCCCAGAAGAACUGGAACAAACACCUGAUGGGGUUGCGCCUUUCUCCCCAGGCCGGAUUGGAGCUCCUGCUGUAUAUAUCAUCUCUAAUGAUUGGUUCCAUGCAAUUAAAAGCAUUUCUGAAGACAAAGCAACUGAAACAAUGCAUGAUUUUUCUGUGAUUGCACAUAAAUUAUGGGAGAGUCAAAACAGGGAACAGGACCUAAGACUAAAGGCAGAGUAUCUAUCCAGAGAUUAUGACAGAAGGCGUAAAUCUCUGCAGCAGGACAGUGGGAUGAAUGAGCGCAUGGAUAUAGUGUCAGUUACUGAGAAUGGUGAGGAACACCAUGAUGAUCGCUUGACUGAAUUGGACUCGAUGAAGAAAAGAUUGGAAGAAGUGAAAGCCAAACAUGACGAAACUGUUAAGCAAGUCCAAGAUGCAGCUUCCAGUAUUUUGCAGACUGGUUUAAUUCCUAUAUUUGAAGCCUUGGAAACUUUUAGUUCGGAGACACUUAGGGCUUAUGAGGGGGUUAGAUUGCCAAAUGAAAGGGGAUCAUAAGCACACAAACAUAUUAACAAUUAUAGCCAAUUUAUGUUGGGUUUCAACCAAGCAAACCCCAUCUGGUCCAGCAAAAGAAAUCUGUAUAAUAACACCAUUCUCGCUCUGGAUCAAAUUACGAUAGCACUUCUCACCAUCACUCUUGGAGUCUGCUGUAAGGUGAGAUCACCAGAGUGGUUUGGGACCCCUUUUAGAAAGCCAUCUAAGUGUGGGUUCCUUCAGAAACCUUAGGGUUACUGAUUCAACAGGAAGCAUCUUCGGGACAUUUAGAGGAUGUAGAGCAUUCAUUCAUUGGUUUAUUGAUCGGUUGGUAGGGUUUUAAGAGGUCAUGAUGGUUGCUGUUGGUUGUGGUUCAUGAUGAGAUAUAUUCAAGCUUCGCAACUGGCUGAUUAAUCAAUUGAAAGGUAGUGACUGGAUUCUUCCUCUAGAGGUUUGUAGGCUUCAAUUUGAUUUCAGAUGAGCUAACAGCAUUAUACUACUAACUAAACAAGGAACAUGGGCUGCUUUUGAUUCAUUCACAGUUAUUGUUGUAUAUCAAGCUGACAAGAAAUUUUGUUUAUACCCCCCAGCAGAAUGGUCUUGGAUCUCAGUCAUGCUUUGCAGAUUUUUUAGUGGCUUUUCAAGUGCUGCUGGGAUCAGUUCCAUUGCUGGAUAAUUGAUCAGAUGGCUGGUAAUAAAUCGUCAAUAAAGAUACCCAUGGCAUUGAAAUGUGCAGCAUCACUUGUAAGAGCAUGCGCAUGGUGGGAAGAUGCCCUCGUCUGUAUACCGUCUUCCCUGUGAUGGCUUGCUGAGAAGUGUGGUUUCUGUGUUUCUCCACAUUUCAUAAUCAUAGUUGAAGAUUCUAGCUCCCCAAUCCUACUUCAGAAAUAGCAGAAUAUCACUGUUUGUGGAUCCUCUUUGAUCAAUAAUUUUGUGAACAAUUAGAUAAACCCAAAAAUACUGUUUCAUGUUCACAUACUUAAAGAGGUUGAGCCUCCAUGAAGCCACAUGCAAUUUUAUGUCAGCAAUCUAUUGUUA